AUGGCCAUUACAGGAAACCAAGCCCGACCUGAGAGCAGGGCUGGCACCUGCCUCGGCACACCUCACACUUCUCCGGGCGGCUCAGAGCGCACGGCCUGCCAGUGCGCACGCAGCACGCUCCAAACACGCAUAGACUGCAGCACCCGGACUCUCCACGCAGGUGUCCUGAGCUCCCAAAAAGCCCUAUCAUCCUGCGUCCACGUGGCACUGGUGACCGGCGCCAACAAGGGCGUCGGCUUCGCCAUCACGCGCGACCUGUGCCGGCUCUUCUCGGGGGACAUGGUGCUCACGGCGCGGGACGAGGCGCGGGGCUGGACGGCCGUGCAGCAGCUGCAGGCCGAGGGCCUGAGCCCGCGCUUCCACCAGCUGGACAUCACGGACCUGCAGAGCAUCCGCGCCCUGCGCGACUUCCUGCGCCGGGAGUACGGGGGCCUGGACGUGCUGGUCAACAACGCGGCCAUCUACAUGGAUUGUAAGGAGGCUGGGCGGGGGACCUCCCCAGAGCCCCUGGAGUGGUGGGAAUUCUAG